CUCUGCGCCCUCCUGUGCUGGGGGCCCCAGGCCUGAACCACAAUACUGCAGGUGUGUGGUCUUUUGAGGGCAGAGCAGAGGGGGACAGUCUCACUCUGCUGACCAUUGCUCUUUCGAUGCAGUCCAGGGUACGGUUGGCCUUCUAGGCUGCAAGCACAAUUUGCACGUGGAUGGGAAGCUCCGUGGUCAGCACACCACCUUGAUGCGGGCACGUCACCACAGUGCUGGCGGCAGUGGACCAUGGGCACGAGUGGGGACUGCGAGCACCCGAGGUGGAUGUGGGGGUGCGGGUAAAGCCUUGCACGGGGGCUGCCAGCCCACAGAACCUCCCUCAGCAAGUGGGCGAGCGGCCGCCGCUCCCCUCCGGCCACCGGCGACGGGGACACGCGGCCCCGGGCACCGCAGAGAGAGAAGGGACGCGGGCUGCGCGGCACCAGGGCUUCCCUCAGCGCCCGGCGGGACGCGUGAGGCGAGAGCCGCGCAGGACCACACGGGUUAAGUUAUGUAAGCCAUUUGGGGAGGGGUGGAGGAAAGGGGCGCUGCCGGCGUGGCUGCGGCGGCUCAGGUUGAUUGAGGGCGGAUGACAGCGGCCUGGCGCAGGCCCGCGGCGGAGGAAAGCGGCUUAGCCCCCUCCGGGUUGCCAUGGAGAUAGGCGGGCGGCGGCGGGAGCGGCGGCGGCGGCGGCGGGGCUGUCAGUGAGGCUGCACCGGGCACCGGGCGGCGGCGGAGAGGAGGAGGAGGAGGAGGAGGAGGAGGAGGAGGAGGUAGAGGAGGAGAAGGCCGCGGCGGGGAGCGGCGGCGGCAGACAUGGACUCGCACUGCGACUGUGCCGAGCCUCCGGCCGCCGAGCAGCCGUCGGGGAAGAUUAACAAAACCGCCUUCAAAUUGUUCAAGAGGAGGAAAUCCGGGGGCACCAUGCCGAGCAUCUUCGGGGUGAGGAGCAAAGGUGGGGAGGGGAAGGGCGCGAGCAAGACGGGGAUGGUGCGGAGCAGGACGCACGAUGGCUUGGCCGACGCCGUGCUGGAGAGCGGCAAGAAGGAGGACGGGGGCGGCGGGGAAGCGCCGGGGAAGGAUGCUCCGAGCAGGGCGGCCGGCGGCUCCGCCAGCAGCUCGGUGGCCAAAUCGCACAGCUUCUUCUCCCUGCUGAGGAAGAACGGGAGGCCGGAGAACGGCAAGGCGGCGGAGAACGCGGAGCAGCGGGCUGGCGGCAGACAAAAGAAGGGGCUGAAAGGGAUCUUCAGCGGCAUGCGGUGGCACAGAAAGGACAAAAACGGCAAAGAGGAGAGGGGAGAAGCCUCAGAAAUCCCGUCCGGUCUUAUUAUGCCGGGGUCUCUGACCGCCAGCUUGGAGUGCAUCAAAGAGGAGACGCCGAAACCUUUGUCUGAAACUCCGAACGGCGCGGGAGACGCCGGUCCCGAGCCGCAGCAGGAGCAGCGUGGCGGAGAUGCGUGUGGCUCGGCCGGGGAGCCGGAGGCGGGAGGUGGGCAGUCGUGGGACGGCAGAACUCCCCCCGGAGAGGACCCUGCUGCUGCUGCUGCUGGAAGGAGACUCGAGGAGCUCUGCGGUGAGCGACCGGACCCGGGCGCCGGAGAGGUUGGGACUGCGAAGGAUGCGGCCAUAACAGGCUGCGGAGAUAUUAUUGCGGACCAGGAGGAGGAUGUGGGCAGCGGGAGUGGCGGCUGCGAGAAGAGCACCCCUGGGACCAGCAAGCUGGGCGCAUCCAAGAAGCAUCCCACCAUGGUUGCCUAUCAAGGAGGAGGGGAGGAGAUGGCCAGCCCGGACCAGGUGGAUGAUACCUACCUGCAAGAGUUCUGGGAUAUGCUGUCACAGACAGAGGAGACCGAGACAGGAGGAGGAGGAGGAGGUGGAGGAGGGACAAAGACAGCCGAGGGGCUGAAGGAGAAUCGAGGUACUGAGGGGGCCCAAAACAGGGUGGUGGUGAAACGUGGAGCCCUCAACCAGAUCCCCAUUCAUCUCAACAACAAAGAGGAGCAGAAGGGCAGGGAGAAGGAACAGCAUGAAGGUGUCCCAAACAGUGAUGAGGGCUACUGGGAUUCCACCACCCCUGGUCCUGAAGAAGACAGCACCACAAGCAUCCAGAAGGAGACCCUUCCCAGGGACAGCUACAGUGGGGAUGCACUCUAUGACCUCUACGCUGAGCCUGAUGAAAACCCACCAGGAGGACCUCCAGAGGAAGAGGUCACCUGUACGCCACGCUCCAAGCCUGUAUCUCCAAUAACAACCACAUGCUCACUGAAAACGCCCUCAAGCACAGUGAAGGACUCCAAAAUACCCAUCAGCAUUAAACACCUUGCAUCGCAUCCUGCUAGCCAUGGAACAGAUACCAGUAACAGCCAUCAUGUUGCACACCAUCACCUGGCCAAAAGUGAAAUGCACAGAACAAAAAUUCCUGUCUCUAAAGUACUGGUACGCCGAGUCAGUAACAGGGGCUUAGCAGGGACAACAGUGAAAGCUGCCACAUACCAGGACAGUGCCAAAAAGUAAUUGACGAGCAGGUGGACACAGAUAUACAGCAAGAUCAGUGUGUGAAAAUCUGCAUAGGAGACCACAAACAAGGUGUUAAUUUUGCAUUGCCUGAAGGAAGGAACCUAAAAGGCUUAUUUCACUAUACUAUGUAGGCCUGCACUUCUGAAUCUGUAUGGCUGAAUACAAGAAGACAACUUUUCAAGCACUUUUUUUUUUUUUUUUUUUACAUUUGUAUCUUUUUUCUGCAGCACUAAGUACUGGGGAGGUUCAUUUUAACAUGCCUUUGUGGAAGCAGAACUUGGAUUAUGAACCUAAAUGAGUAUCUUCCCUCAUGCAGAGCAGUGCCACAUGUUCUUCAAGGGAGCAAGAGUUACAAAAGGAGCGACAUAAGAGGUUCCCCACUACACUUAUCUCUUAAUUGUUCCUGGGGAGGAGAGGGGGGAGGGUGCCUGGCGCCAAAAGUAGUGUUUGGUCUACAAGAUGUUGGAGAAAAAUACCAAGCAAAAAACAAACAACCUAACAGGUAUUUUACCUGAUGUAGGAAUGAGAGCACUGCUCAGCAGCAGACUUGAUUGACUUGAGUGCAGUAGCUAAUUAAGGAGUUAGGUGGAUUUGUCCAACAGGAAAAUCUAUUUUUGUUUGUCUGUCUGUUUGGUUCGUUUUGAUCUGCUCUAAUGUAAUUGGGUAACAGAGACACCUGACGUAGGAUCAGAUGUUUACAUCAAUACUUGUCCAAUAAUGCAUAUAAUCAGGUUCAGGGAAACAAUUUACUAAAUGCCAAUAUAUACACACUGUUCACAUUUAUACAAUAACUUGCUUGCCAUUUGUAAAUAUAUACAUAUUUUAGCAGAUUUACUCAAUGAUACAAAUUUUUUUAUAGAAAGAAAUCACCUGUCUGUAUUAUCUAGAGUUUAAACAGAAGUUAGUUUUUAUAGGUAGAUAAUUUUACAGUUCUAAAAUGAUAGAACUUUGUGUAAGUACCUUAAAUUAGAGCAAAACUCUGUUUUGUAUGGGCUCAUGCAUCCCCAGUUAAGUAAGUCUGAAGUGCUGAUUUAAUUCGAGUGGCACAUUCCAUGUCAGAGCAGAAUUUCUGACAGCAUUGCCAUUGCAAACCUCUAUUUUCAGGGGUUUAGACAAAAUUGCUCUGGGCUUAAACCUUACAGAGAAGGA